AUGAAAGUAAUAUUUUUAUUAAUAUUAUUAAUUUUAUUAAAAAUUGUUAAAAGUUAUGAAUGUAAUUGUAUAUUAAAAGAAUAUUGUAAACCAUUAGAAGUUGGUGAGAGAAUAGAAUUUAUUGGAUUUUCAUUUAAUUCAACAGGAAAUUAUUUGAAUUAUGAUUAUUAUUCAGUUACAACUAUUGCAAUUUCAUAUCAAUCUAAUUACGAUAUACCAGAAGAAUUAGUUUGUAAAUCACAUGAAAAUAGAGUAAGAUUAGUUUGGUCUGCAAUUAUUUCAAAUAAUCAAAUAUCAAAUGAAACCUAUAGAAAUCAAUUUAUUGAUUCCAUUGUUGAGACAAUUCAAAAGGAAAAUAUGGAUGGAGUAAUAUAUGAAUUAGAUAAUCCAAAUGAUUUAACCAUUGAAAAUAGUGAUUACUUUACAGAAAUAAUUAAAAAAACAUAUCAAAAAUUGAAAUUGAUCAAUUGGAAUUAUCAAAUUUCUGCAAAAUUUCCAUUUUCACCAAAUAUUGAUUUUUCGUAUAAUUACCCUGAAAUUUCAUAUUACAGUGAUUAUUUAGUUAUAAUGGAUUAUAAUAUUGGUAGUAGAGUUUCAAAUGAUGGUAACUAUUGUUUAGCAGGCUCAAAUUCACCAAAUCCUUUGAUUGAGCAAGGUGUUCACAAUUUCACAUCAAUGGGUAUUCCUGGUGAAAGAUUGGUUUUAACAUAUCCAUGGUUUGGUUUAGAUUUUAUUUGUUUCAAUGGUAAUUUAUCAAGUGUAGAUUGUUUAGUUACUAAAAGUGAAAAUGUUAGUUGUAAUGAUAUCAAUUCAAUUUCAAAUCAAAUAAGUUAUGGUGAAAUAUUAAAGAUUCUAAAUGAUGAUAACAUUAUAAAUGGUGGAAUAAAUUGGAAUUCUCAAAGUAAAUCAGUAUUUUUCAAUUAUUAUGAUAAACAAGGUAUCCUUCACCAAAUUCAUUUUGAUAAUCCAAAAUCACUCUUUAUAAAAGUAUUUUUAACAAAAAGAUUAAAAGCAAAAGGUAUUGCUGCUCAAAGCAUGGAUAAUUUGGAUUUUAAUGAUUUAGUAAAUUCAUAUAAUAUGUUUGAUACAAUGGCUUAUUUUUUCAUGUAA